CAACAUUAAGAAAAGUUCGCUGUAUCGACUAUUUACUUCCUAUUAAAUAGUCCUAAAGAUUUUCAUGCCUGGGAUAUUACAUUUUUUCUAACUGCUGGGAAUUCUUUGAUUAAUUACUGCACACGAUAAUCUGCCAGCCAACAAUCUCGAAAUUAGCGUGCUUGACAUCUAACACAUGUAAAUUUCAAAACCUUUUGUUUAAGAAGCAGUAGUUCUUGCAUCUCUACAUUUCAGUUGUUGAGCAGUGUUGUUAUCUAUUUUUUGGAAACAGUAGAUGUCAUUAUGCCUUAUUUAAAUGGUGAACCUUUUGUUAAACGACAACCGCCAAAUGAUCUUUCAUUGGACGAAGAGUUGUUUUUUCUGCCCACUACAUUGGAAGUUUUUCGCGACUACGAUGACUACUUCGAGCGCACAAUUCUUGUAAAUAGUUUAACAUGGACUUGUUCAGUGUGUAAUCGGGGACCUUCCACUUAUAAAGAAGCAAUAGCAUGUGAACGUUCCGACUAUCGGCAACUGGGUGCUUUUGAUAAUGCUCUGGCUUCUGCAUUGCUGUAUAUAAUUGGGGGUGCACGGAAACGGAGGCUUCCAGAACUUGUUGAACUAAUAUGUGGAUUUGCAAGUAGUCGAUUUUUCGUUGGUGAAGAGAUUGAAUUUCAGACUGCGGAUUCUAAUACUCGAUCUUUCGGUAUUAUUGAGCGUGUAGUCGUGUCACAGAAGAAAACUCAAUUUGAGCAUAGUGGAUUAUUGACAGAUUCAGAUAUUCAGAAGCCUGCUUUUCCUGAUGCACUAAAACUUCAUUACUGCGUAAGGGAGCAUAAAAAGUCUGAUGGUGCAAACCGUAUCUCCUCAAGUGUUUUGGUACCUGGAUCUAUCAUUCAUCGUCGUAGUCGUAAUGUACUGGCUAGGGAUCACAUCAAAUUUUUCAUUCGUCAUACAUGCGAAUUAAGAAAUGGCGUUUUUACACCCAAGGUCUCAAUUAUGCAGCGUUAUAAGUUACAUCCAUAUGGACCUGUGACAUGGGCUAAACUAUUUCUUCCACCAGAACCUCGUUGGUCUGAACUGACGCCUGCUCCUCCAUCCUCAAUAAUUCGAAAUAUGAACAAUCUAUCGAAAGAAUCCAGUCGCCCUAUAUGCCAAGGUUUUAAAGUUAUCGACACUUUUACGGAUGACUGGUCCAGUCGAUGUCAGACAAAAUCAUCUCCAAACGUCCCAUGUCCCGUUACCCUUAACCAUAACAUGAAUUCAUCGGGAGCAACAACCCGUGUACAGUACUAUGAACCCCUCAGUUUUCAAUCUCACAAAGUUCUUUAUCAGCAGACACAUACAUUAAUGAGUGGUACGCAUGCAGUGAAUGGUUCAUUUAAUCAGUCAUUGCCACAACCAGUUUUUGAUGUUUCACGGUCUUUGAAAAUUGAAAAAGCUGAAUUAGAAAAGGAAUGGAGUAUGGUGCGUCGUCGUGAAGAUUUGGAACUGUCAGAUUUAGUGCCAUUACCUGAAUUCACUAAGUUUCCUUCUUCACUUUCUUCGGAUGAUAUUGGCUCAGCUCUACAGUUACUAGAGUUUCUUCAUGUAUUUGGUUCACAUAUUGGAUUUGUUAUCCCACAAACAAGUAAAUGUACAGAGGUGAUUAGUACAAAUUUUUCUCGUUCUACUUCUCCUGCACUCACAUUAUCUACUUUAGAAAGUAGUCUGUUGGAAUCUGAUCCAUGCGGUCCUUUAGCCGAUUUCUUUAUCAGCAUGCUAUCUGCCAUACGUAGAUUAGAACUAGAUGCCAAUUCUCGUCAACCAACUCCUAAUGUUUCAGCAGCAACCAUUGCUGCAGCAUCGGCUGUCGCUGCCGCCGAAGCAGGCUUUUCUAUGAAUACACAAGUCUCUAAUGUUUCCGGCACUGGGAUUGAUUAUAAUUCACUUUAUGAUGAGGAUGCUGGAGGUCCUGAAGAUAGUGCUGUCUUCCGUGUGCUACGCGAUGCUGGAGCUUCAACUCGUUUAUGUGAACUUGUCGGUAUACCAACUCAAGCAGCUACAAUUGCUGCCGGUAAAGCUGCUGUGGCUGCUUCUGUUGUCUUGAACACAACAGGUGGAACUUCAGCCAAAGAGGAUUCAUCAGGCAUAUCAUCUUCAGUAUUUCCUAAUACAUUUAACCGAAGUUCUGUUACACGUGCUGCAACAACAGCAGUUAUUGCUGGAGCUACUUCUUUACCACCGUUGGAUCGUGCUGGCCUUUCUGAAGCACUUUGGUUACACAUAACUAGUGCAGCUGCAAAAGGUGGAGGCUGGCGUGGUCAAAUUUGGGGAGGUACUAGACUUUUGGAUGACCCUUCAGUUAUGCUGGCGAAAAACAAUUCAGUUUUAAUUGAAAAGCUUAAAACAGUGUCGGUUUAUGAACUGACUCCACAUGAAAAGUUGAUCUUGCUAACCACUUUAAUGGAUGAGCUCUUGCUUCAACCUCAAAUUAGAGAACGUAUGGAAGAUCAAUACGAACGUGUACGUUUGCUACGCAGUCAGUUACGCACUGUACAAGCUGAUAGAACUGUAUUACUUACCUCUGGUACUGGAAUUGAAGAUGAGCAAGAUAUUUCAGCGCAAAUGAAACUAAAUUCCACAAAUGAUGGGCGUGUUCAUUUCACUUCUGUUGGUCUUAAAGCACGAUUGGGCAGAGGAAGAGGUCGUCCAGUAGGUUCUGGUCGUACACUAAACCGCAAAAAUAUGCAACUAGAUUCGACAGCCAGUUCUUUGGAAACAUUUUUGUCAGAUGAGGAUUAUACGCUAAUCAAUCGAAAAGAAAAUCGAUCCAAUUCAGAUAGUGGAAUAACAGCUUCUAGUAUCCCUUCCUCAUCUAUAGCUAAUAUACAUGAGAAAUUAACAGAUUCAUUAUUAGAAGAACAAAAGUUAUUGGAUUCGAUUACUCAGGUUUCGCGUGGUUGUUCAAUGAUACCUCUUGGUCAAGAUAGAUUUUAUCGACAAUAUUGGCUAGUUAUGUCUGUACCAUGUAUACUAAUUGAAGAUUGUCAGUGUAUUGAUAAAAAUCCUUAUUAUGUCAAUGCUUCAAUUCGAAAUCGUCAAGUUGUGUAUGCACAUCCUGAACUUGCUAAACAAAUGGGUCUUACUAGCUCUGAAGAUGCCGGUAAACAUUUACGGCAGAUAAUCAAUUCUAUUAAAGAUAGUGACAUGUUGGAUAGAGAAGAAUUAACGCUUCGUGUUGCUGCCUAUUUACCACAUCAAUCUUCAGUGUCAUUAUCAUCAUCAUCCGCAACAGCAAGUUUAUCAAUUGAACAACUACGUACUCUUGUUAAACUUGAACGUGUUACUGCCCAUGAUUCUUCUUUGCAUAAUGCUUGUCCUGCAGUUAGUCAAUUAGCUAAGCUACGAUGUAAUCCUAGGAAUUCAUCACAAUCCACAACUGUUUGGUCCAUUCUCAUACCUGAUGCAUACAGGGAAUUGUAUCAGAAAAAGAUGCUUAAUAAUACAACUAAUCAAACUAUCAAUUCUGAUUUAAAUACAGAAAUUGUUUCAUCUUCUUCCACACAUGAUUGUUCGCCUGAUAUUCCUGUAAAAUCAGAAGAGUGUGCUAAUAAUAAUAAUAAUAAUAAUAAUAAUAAUAAUAAUAAUAAUAAUUCUAUCAAUGAUGAUGAAUCGAAAUGUAAGAUAAAUAUUACUGACAAUAAUAAAAUUUGGUCUUUAACCAGUGAUGAAGUCGAUUUAAUGAUUGAAAAAGCCAAAUGGACUAUUGAUUGCUUAGAAGCUUCAUUAAAUCCUCGAGGUAUCCGUGAAUCUCGUCUUCGUAAAACGAUUGGCCAAUUACGACCCCUGCUUAUUAAAGUACUUACUAUGUGUCCACCGGAAAUCAUUUGUGCUACGAAUAAACACUGUUCAACAAUAAUUGACAAGACAUCAACUAACUCUCAGAAGGCAUCUGGAUCGCCUGAAGGUGUUACUAUCACUGAUGAGAAAAGUAAUCCUCCUGGUGGUAAUUCAUCUCAAGCAAUCAUGUGUUCAUGGUUGGAAAUCGCUCUUGUUGGUAUAGGAUAUCGUCUUGGUCGUCUGGAUUUAAUUAAAAACUUGUUGUUCGAUAAAAGCAGUAAUCUCACAGAAAACUCAGCAAAUACUGAAACUGGGCCGUGUAAACAAGAUCUUAAGGAAUCACUUCCAAAUAAUGAAGUGGGGAAUGUUGACACUGUUUCUGUAUCAGCUGAAGAUUGUACCGACAGUUCUGUCAAACUUGGUGAAGCUUCUUUAAAAACUCCAUUAAAUCAUGAUUCUAUUAAUCCAGAUGUAAAGCGCCUUUCGAGAAUAAUUUUAUCUCUGGGCCAUGAUGUUAGUCCGAAAGGUGUCGCUGGGCCACUGGCAAAUGAUGAGCGAACUUUGCGUAGUGAACCUAUGAACAUUUCAACUGUCAAACAACCAACCUAUUUAGAGAAUAUAUACCCAGAAACUAAUUUACCAUCCGAUACAAAUGAUUCAAUGAUAACAACUAAUUCUAAUAUAAUGCAAACAUUAAGAACUACAGGUUGGCAAAGAUGGUGUGUUAGUGUGGAACAGGCUAGUUCUACAGCACAAUUACAUUUAUUAGCACGUGCACUUGAACGUGGAGCUCAUCGUGCUACUUUAGGUGGUCGAGGUGUAUCUUCUGCAAUUGCUAAUUAUGUUUCACAACAUCCAUUGCCUACUUUAAAAUGUACUUCAUGUCGAGGUCCUCCAGAUAAUUUGGCUGUAUCAAAUGCAUCCGGUAAUGUGUUUGCAUUUUCAGUUUGUUCUGGUUGUGCUUGCCCUUAUCAUUUGGAUUGUCUUCUCUCUUCAACUACCCGACGAACUAGUUGUCGCAGAUCACGAACCAAGCAGAUUGAUAUUUCAAGUUCCGAUAGUUCUCAUAACAUUGAUUCACCAUAUACUGGAUUUCUGAGCAAUUAUUCUUCUUUAUCCAGUGUUACAUCUGCUCGUCUUGAAGUGUUAGGUGGUAGUCUUAUCUUGUGUGCAUUUUGUCUUCGAUCAGCUGAAGCAUUAUUGUCAAGAGCAGAUAAUUCCACAGGACUAUUACAAUCGAAUAAUGAAGCAUUUGAAUUAUCUACUACACUAGUGUAUACAAAUGAAGAUUAUCUAGAUACUAGUGAAAAUAGUUCAUUGCAAAAGAAGACAAAUCAAUUUGGAAGAAAACGUCGUUCUGUUGUUACUCAUGAGUCUGAUGACCUUGCAUCUUCCAAUGGGAGUCCAGAUGAAAAAAUAGAUAACCUCCUUGAUAAUGUGGAGGAGUUAGAUUCUGACAAAUCGACUGACAAUUCUCAUACGAAAACAAUGUCCACAGAUAAUGUCCCUGUAGCAAGACGUCGUGGUAGACCUAGUCGUUUUCACCGUGUACAUAGUCAUCGUGGUCGUCGUUCAACGAAUAAAUGUGUAUCAGAUAAAGUUAAUCAUUGUGACAAAAGUCUAGAAUCUAGUUCAGAAGCUACUUGCACAUCUUCCACAUCAGUAGACGUGUCAUCUAUUAGUAAAUGUGUUACUGUGGAUGUCCAUUAUGAUGAUGAAGUAGAACAGUUGCUUAGUCCUCUAAAUCAUCAAAGUAGAAAAUCGAAGCGAAACUCAGGGUCUGUAAAUGCAGCUGUAACAAAUGAGUUAUCUCCGACUGCUGAACCUGAAGGAAAUUGUCGCUUGAAACGGGCAUCUAUCGUUUUAGAUAAUUGUGUUUCACAAAUUACGAAUACUAGUGAUAGAGGACGUCGUUCUGGUCGUGGUCGUCCCCGUAAAUCUGAGGUAACUCUACCCAACCCCUCACUUGAUAUUCCUGAUUCAGUCAAUUCUUUGUCGUGUAGUCGAGAACAGUUUGAUCAAGCUACUGCUGAGUGCUUCCUAUCAGAAUUAUGCUCUAUCAGUUCAGCACGUCCACUUCUUCGAUGUGGACUCGGUCGAACUGUAGCUUUAAAUGAAUUAAAUCAAGCUAACGGUAGUCCAGAGGAUAGUUUCAUUGUGAAUUCCGUAUCCGAACGUCCCCGAACAAGUCAUCGGACACGGUCGACAACAUCAGGUCAUUCUUUUGAAGAUCGUCGAUUGUAUGCUCUAGAUUUAGUCGGGUUACAAGAGAUUUUGGCUCGUGGCGAAUUACCUCAGGGACCAGGACAAGUAAUUCCUCAGCUACGACUACUUCUCUCUCAUUGGUUGCGUAGCAAUCGUCCCGGUAGUCGUUUGCAUCAAUGUGCUUUAGAUUUACUAGAACAAAUGAAUAAAAAGUUGAAAGCAUUACAACAAUUAAAUAUUUCCACUGUUAAUAAUAAUAAUAAUAGUAAUAAUAAUAAUAAUAAUAUCAUUAAUGGUGGCAAUUGUAACAACAGCAGUAGUAGUAGUAGUAGUACAGUUAUUCAUCCUCUGAAUAAUAAUAUUGACAGUGAAAAUUUAAAUCCUGAUGAUGAUCAUCACCAGUCACCACCUUUAAUUACUACUUCUAGUCAUUAUGGAAAACGCAGACGACAGUGUUAAUAACAGCACCAAUGAUGAUGAUGAUGAUUUUGUAUUAAUUGAAAUCCCUCGAUCUAUGUUUAUUGUGCAUAUUUGUUUUUACUAUCAUCAUCUUUUCUAAUCUCUUCUGUUUAUUUUUGUACAGUAAAAUCUGAUAUGUCUCUCUCUAUACAAAAUGUACACACAUAUUAUAUAUAAAUGAAUGGAAAAUGAAUAUUUUCACUAUACUCCCCACUCUCUCUUUCUUUCUCUCUCUCUCUCUCUCUGUUACUCAUGACAUAAGUAUGUUGUUAUAGUACUUUUCUAAUUCCCCAAUUUUGAGAAAAAUGUCAAUUGAGAUAACCCUUUGUAUUAUUUUCAUUUGUAUAUUGUGCUGAUCAUUGGUUUUCUCUAUGUGUGUGUGUGUAUGGUUUUGUUUUUAAUUAUUGUGUGCAUACUGAAAUUUUAAUGAAAUAUAAAAAACAAACAAACCAGUUAUUAACUACAAAAUUUAAAUUCUUUCGUUUUUUAAUCGACUAGUUGAAUCUAUU